UGAAUCUUCUCUCUCUCUUUCUCUCUCUCUCUCUCUACUUCAACCUCACGGCCACAUGCUGGACAAAGAAUCUCUUCUGACCUCUCUCUUCUUCUCUCGUGGAUCACUGGUUGAGUGAUUUUACAGAGUCCUCUCACAAAACCCUGACAAAAAUAUUCGUACCGCUUUCGACUCGGCGUUCUUUCCUGCGGCGGGGGCAACUAGAUUGUCUGGCAUUGUUAGAGCACUUUGGAGGAAUCAAAGAUUUCUCUUGGAGACCAGUUAUGGACAAGAUGGUUGGGACACCAGCCACGCCGUUGUCUAAGAUACAAAGGACCCCGUCAUGCACCCCCGGUGGUCCAAAAGUUCGUGAGGAGAAAAUAUUAGUCACUGUUCGGAUGAGGCCGCUGAGCCGGAAGGAGCAAGCAAUGUAUGAUCUCAUUGCUUGGGAUUGCAUUGAUGAUCAUACUAUUGUAUUCAAGAACCCAAAUCAUGAGCGCACUGCAACCACAUACUCCUUUGAUAAAGUUUUUGGUCUUACGUGCUCAACUCAGAAGGUUUAUGAAGAAGGAGCUAAAGAUGUUGCUUUAUCCGCACUUACUGGAAUGAAUGCGACAAUUUUUGCAUAUGGGCAGACCAGCAGUGGUAAGACAUAUACGAUGAGAGGAAUUACUGAAAAUGCCGUCAGGGACAUCUUUGAACACAUCAGGAAUCAUCCAGAGAGGGAUUUUGUUUUGAGUGCUUCUGCUUUGGAGAUCUAUAAUGAGGCUGUUAUAGACCUUCUGAAUCGCGAAUCUGGUUCCCUUCGGCUUCUGGAUGAUCCUGAGAAAGGGACUGUCGUGGAAAAACUUGUUGAGGAAGUUGUUAAGGAUGGCCAACAUUUACGCCAUUUAAUUGGCAUUUGUGAAGCUCAAAGGCAGGUGGGGGAAACUGCUCUAAAUGAUAAAAGCUCAAGAUCACAUCAAAUAUUCAGGCUGACAAUAAAGAGUAGCCUUCGGGAAAGUUCAGGCCGUGUAAAGUCUUUCAUAGCAAGUUUGAAUCUUGUGGACCUUGCUGGAAGUGAACGUGCCUCCCAAACAAAUGCAGAUGGCACAAGAUUGAAGGAAGGCAGUCACAUCAACCGUAGCUUGCUGACACUCACAACAGUGAUCAGGAAGCUAAGCGGUGGCAAAAGGAGUGGCCAUGUACCAUACCGGGAUUCCAAACUCACACGAAUAUUGCAGUCUUCACUUGGGGGAAAUGCUCGGACAGCAAUUAUUUGUACCAUGAGUCCAGCUUUAAGUCAUGUAGAGCAAACGAGGAAUACACUCUCAUUUGCAACUAGCGCAAAGGAAGUUACCAAUAAUGCCCAAGUAAACAUGGUUGUUUCAGACAAGACACUGGUGAAGCAUUUGCAGAAGGAAGUGGCCAGACUUGAAGCAGAGUUACGGAGUCCUGAGCCUUCUUCAUCUUCAUGUUUGAGGUCUUUACUAGUGGAGAAGGACUUAAAAAUACAACAGAUGGAGAGGGAGAUGGAAGAGCUUAAGCGCCAGAGAGACAUUGCUCAUUCCCAACUCGAACUGGAAAGAAAAUCACACAAGGCUCAAAAGGGGUUAAGGCAAUGCGGGCAAGUCGUUAGGUGUCUUGCUUUCCCUGGUGAGAACGACUCAGUUUCUGAUAAAUCUAGCCCGGUAACUGGGCCAAGAAAUGCAAUUGGAAGGCAGGCAAUUUUGAGGCAAUCAGUCACUUCAACAGAUCAAUCCAUGCUCGUGCAUGAAAUAAGAAAGCUUGAGCAGCGGCAGAGGCAGCUUGGUGAGGAAGCAAACCGGGCCCUUGAAGUACUGCAUAAGGAGGUUGCUUCACAUAGAAUAGGGAGUGGAGAAGCCGCUGAAACCAUUGCAAAACUGCUGUCGGAAAUAAAGGACAUGCAAGUGGUUAGCUCCAUUCCUGAAGAAAUUGUGAUUGGAGAUAAGGCCAACCUGAUGGAAGAAAUAAAUCGAUUGAAGUGCCAAGGAAGCACCAUUGAAUCUUUGGAAAAGAAGCUUGAGAAUGUUCAGGAAUCUAUAGACAGGCUGGUUUCAUCUUUUGCUAGUAGCAAGGAGACUCCUAAGUGCAAGACCCAAUCCAAAAUGAAGAAAUUUCUUCCUUUCACCGUGAGCAACAAUGCAAAUAUGCAAAACAUAAUUCGAUCGCCAUGUUCACCUCUGUCCUCUUCUAAUAGGAUGAUGGAAUCUGAGACAGAGAACAAAGCCCCUGAGAAUAAUGAUGUUGUGCCUAGUAGUGAUACAUUCCCCCUGCCUUGUAAAGUAACUCCAGUAAAGAGUGAUGGACAUGGUAAUUGUGUCCCAUCAAGGGAGGGAACUCCUGCUACACAGCAAUCGAAUUCAGUUAAUGUGAAGAAAAUGCAGAGGAUGUUCAAGAACGCUGCUGAGGAGAAUAUUCGGAGCAUUCAAACUUAUGUUACUGAGUUAAAAGAACGGGUGGCAAAGCUACAAUAUCAAAAGCAGCUUCUGGUUUGCCAGGUAUUGGAGCUGGAGAAUGCAGCUGGAGCUGAUGAACCGAAUAUAAUCGAUCAGACUCCCCCAAAGCCAUGGAAUUUAAAGUUUGAGGAUGAGAGAAAGCAAAUUGUCAUGUUAUGGCAUUUGUGUCAUGUUUCAAUUCUGCACCGCACUCAGUUUUACUUGUUAUUUAGGGGAGACCCAGCUGAUGAGAUAUAUAUAGAGGUUGAACUUAGAAGAUUGACAUGGUUGGAGCUGCACUUUGCAGAGCUUGGAAAUGCAAGUCCUGCACUUCUAGGCGAUGAACCUGCAGGCUCAGUUUCAGCAAGUAUCAAGGCUCUUAAGCAAGAAAGGGAAUAUCUAGCAAAGAGGGUGAAUUCCAAACUAACAGUAGAGGAAAGAGAAAUGCUUUAUACAAAAUGGGAAAUACCUCCUGGUGGAAAACAAAGGAGAUUGCAAUUGGUGAACAAAUUGUGGACAGACCCUCAUAACAUGCAGCAUGUAAAAGAGAGUGCUGAAAUUGUUGCAAAGUUGGUUGGCUUCUGCGAAUCUGGUGAGCAUGUUAGUAAGGAGAUGUUUGAGCUAAAUUUCGUAUACCCUUCUGAUAAGAAGACAUGGAUGGGCUGGAAUUUGAUUUCAAAUCUCUUAAAUCUGUAACAAAACA